UCUUAUUUUCUUCCCUUGGGUAGUCUUGUUAUUUUGCCUUAAAUUUCAAGUGAACACUUAUACUAUUCACCAAUCUAAGAAUUAGGUGCCUAUGUAAUUACCAUGAAAUUAAGGAGAGGUAAUAUGAGGUAAGAUCCUUUUUUUUAUUUUUUUUUAAUUUUUGAAUUUAAUCUUUUUUUAUCUUAUGUAAUUUGUAUGCUUCCUAAAAUAAUACUCUUGUUAUUUUGCCUCAGAAUUGAGGUUAAUGACGAUUUCAAGAAUCUAAGAGUUAGGUGCCUAUGUAAUUACCAGGAAAUAAAGGCGAGGUGAGAUCCCUUUCUAUUAAUUUAAUUUUUUUUUUUUUAUCUCAUGUAAAUUGUAGUCUUCCUAAAAUACUUUUAUUGUUUUGCCUCAAAACAGAGGUAGAUGAUGAUUUCAAAUAAGACAUAUCAUGUUAAUCAUCCACCACUUCCACUGUUCACCAAAUAUCUCUCUGAGUUCGGUGUUCACAAAUUUAUCAGAAAGUUAAGGAGAUGUAAAGUGAAGUAUGGUGCACGUUUAGCAUGGGUCUGUCUUUCUGGUUAUAGAAAUAGAAGUAUCACAAAUAGAUAAUAAAUAUCCUUGGAGCAGACUAGGAUGAAAACUGGUGCAGUUUUAGGAAAGUGAGAGUGGCAGUUUUGUUGAAAAUCUAGGCAAAUCCGAGGUUGAAAUGGUCCCCUUUCCCUUCCAAAAUUACUUAAAUGAGGAAGGGAGUCAUCCCCUACCUGUUGGAGUACAUGAGUGCGGAGGACUUCUGCUAGUUAGCAUAUGUGCUUGAGCAAUGUGGAUAAAUGGAGAUGCCAAGGAACUAUCUAAGAAUAUGCAAAGUGUGCUUCAUGUACAAAAACCUAGGAUCCCAUUGUAGCUUGUAACGUAGCCGUGAAUGUAAUCCCUCAACAUGGCCUAGCACCAAGUUCAAGAGGUCCUUGAGUCUUGCUUCUAACCCAGGAAAGCUUAAAGUGGAUCAUGUGCAUCUGAGAACAUGUACUGGAUGAGGCUUCAAUGGAGGUGAGGUAACAAAGUGAGGUGGUGAAGAUUGAAUUGGAGAACACAUCUAAAGGAGAUAUGAGUUAGAGAUUGUGCAGCAAUAGAUAGUGCUCAAGCCAAAGUUGGUUCCAAUGUGGAAAAAUCGUGCUUUCGCUUUGCGGGUUGAGGUCCGUGGUAAUGGGAUUGCAUAAAGGGAUCAAAGCAAGUCAUUUAAGAUAUAGUGGGAAAAAUUGAUGCGUUGUGCGCCAUAAUUUUAGAGGACCAUGCGUGAGUCAGGGAAUGGUGAACCUCAUUGAUGGGAGAGGUGACACACAAUGACACUACAUGAAAAUACGGAUAUAGGGGCUAAAUUUUUAGUGGCGGCCAAAAAUAAGCCACCACCUAAAACACACGAUUUCACUCUCUCUCAACAGCCCAUUUCUCUCUCUCUCUCUCUCUCACACACACACACACACACACACUCUGAUGUGGACCUUGAAAAUGCAGAGCUAUGCAUUUACCUUCGAUUUCGCUUCCAAAACCUCCAAGGCCUCUAAAUCCUAGCUCUCCAUGUAGAUUCAAUCUUUUGUCUGUGUCAUUGCCCUCGAGAUCAAUUGCUUUCACCUCCGUCAAUGGCAUCCCUAUGUCGUCAUUGUCUCGGCGAUUGCCUUUAAUCUGUUGUUCUUCGUCGUCGUUGGGAUUGAAUGGCUGGAUUUCGGCUCUGCUCUGUUCGAGCUCUGGUACCUUUUCAACAUUUACUUCAAUAUCUACAACAAACAGGUUUGUGAUUUUCUGGGUCUAAAGCUUUUUCUUCAUUUUAUACCUGUAACUAUUCAUUUUUGUUGUAUGAAAUCUGAUGUAUUGUCCAUUACGUGUUCUUAAUUUGCUGUUAUCUGGCUAGAAAUGUGCGCGCGCCUUUCUCUCUCCCUCUCCCUCUAUAUAUAUGUAUAUAUUCAUUUUAUUUUUUAUAGUUUUUGUAUACAAACGCACAUCAAGUAAGUAUACAUUUGUUAGAAGUUUUAUGGAAUGUUGUUUUUCAUGAUAGUUGAAUAACCUAGCAAUGAGGCUGAUUUGGUUAAAUUUACAGGAUCUGUUUUUACUAUUGAUUUUUAGGAAUUAUAUAUAUAUUUUUUAAGAUUUACAUGUUAGAGUGUGUUGAAAAUUUCCACUUAGUGAAAUUUAUGGAGUUUUAAAAAUUCAAAGUUUUUACUAGGUAGAAAAAUGAAUUUUAGUGUUUCAAUGAAAGGUAGUUGGAACUGUUAAUUAAUCUUUAUUUCUAGCAACUUCAGCUACUGGAUACUGGAAGGUGAAACAAAAGAUUAUCAACAUAGAAGAAGAAUGUGAACAUAAAUUGUAAUCAAGUACUCGUGUCUCCAAGUCAGCCUCAUGCUGAGGGUUUCUCUAGCAGGAAAUAUCAGACAAAUAGGACAUCAUAUGGUGGAUAGUCUACAGUAAACAUCAAUGAGGGGAAUGAAAUGAACAAAAAUGAUAUAAUUUAUUUUCACAUGCUUGCCUCUUUUAUUGGACGCUCCAGUAAUCUAGUUUGUCUUUUUUCAUGAGUUCGUAGUGAGUAGUUUUGCAUGCAGUUAGUGUUAAAAAAAUGAUCUGGGUAAACUAAUUUUAUAGUUCUUUGUUUUAGAAAGAACUCAAAGAAGGUUUCUUUUUAUUCUUUUAUUCAUUUUUUAAUUAUUUUAUUUUCUUUUCAAUAGACAGUUGUUUCCCAAAAAUAUGGCAUGUUUUUCCUGGUCAAAUCUCUAAUAAACAAGCUGAUAAACAUUUCUUUCUAGUCGCUGAGAGAGGCCCUAGAGGUGGCACGAUUUUCUUCAAGAAGGAUCCUGUUCUGGGUGUUGACUCAGUGCAGUGAGUUUUACACCGGAAUGUAAUUGACAAGGGAAUGUGUUCCUCGACACAAUUGAAGGAGGAAAAAUACAGGGCUUCUCAAUCAAGAGGACCGGCAAAUGGGGAAAGUGAUCGGGACAGGGAGUAGACGUGGGAGAACAUUUUUGUUGGAUGUGGGACUUGGAGCAUUGCUUGCAUCUUCUAUUGGUUCUCAGAAUAAUUUGUGGACUGGUUGGCAUCGUCGCCUUGUGAUUAUUUGGACUGAUGUGGCCCUGAUGGAUGAAGCGUUACCUGAGGCUGCUCUCCCUGAAUUCUGAUUCCGGUGAUGCGAACUUGGGAGUUUGAGCCAGCACUUGAAGAUGUCUGUCAACCGUGCUAAGGCUGGAGGUGUUUAGCAAGGAGAAAUGCUGAUCAUUCUAAAUCGACGAGGAAAGUCUUGGCAUCCAGUACUUGCAAGAGUGCAAUUCUGCAGCCAUGAUGGGUCAUGGUCUAGUGCAAAGGAGUGCUGCUUUCAGAACUACUUCGCGACACAGAGAUAUGUUGGGCUUUCCUUAAGAGUUUCAACAGUUAACCGAGGGUGUAUCUCAGGUGAACAUUGCAGCCUGGUUAUCAAGAUAUAUUGGAGUGAGCAUCUGAGGAUGAAUGACUUCCAAGUUUAUUUCUCCUCGCACUGAGGCUGAGAUCCUGAGAUAAUGUUUAUAUACGAGCAUUGUUCGAGGUAUCUCUUGUGCUGAGGUCUUUAUCUGUAGGGCGGAGACACCAUUAUCUGGAGAGGUAAUUAUGCACGAUUACAAGGAAAAAUGCCAUUGUCUUGGAUACCUACUCGCACAUAUCUACUCUUUAUGCCUUUGUAUGUCUUAGAAUUCACUGCCCAGAAAUUUUUUUCCCAGUAAUAAUAAUUAUUAUUUUUGGGUAAUUCACUGUCCAGAUUUAAUGACCCAAAAAUAAUGGAAAACUUUUAUGUUUUUCUUUCAAUUCAGAAGGUGAUACUAAGAAAUUAGAACUUUUACCUAUUCUAUAAGGACACUUUACAUUGAAUAAUUUUGAGGAGGGUGAAAUUGAGAUUUUCUUUUUCCUUAUCGAAAAAGAAAUUAACGUAUUUUAUGUACAAUCAUUUACCGACCUGUGUGGAUGGGCGCUUUGCACAAUGUCUCGGGGAUCAGUCGGGACAAAGUCCUGAAUAUCCCGAUUCUGAAAAAGGAAAACAAAAAAAGUAGCACAAGCCAAUUAAACUCCAUUAAUGUCGUUUGCUUCUUAAAUAACUAAAGACCUAGUAGUCUUAUGAGCUCGAGCACUGUCUUUAGUUUUAACCUUAUUUACGUACAAGUCAAACUUACCAAGACUACGUAUGACCUAUUUUAUGUCGGCUGUGAAAAACAAUUAGUGACAGAUUUAAUCUUUGUACAAUGAAUCAUCAAUGAGAAAGACUAGCGAUAGAUUUAAACUUUGUAUUUUGUACAAUGACUAAUGACUAUCAAUUGAAAUUUGAACUCACUUAUCUUAUGCUUCUUAGCAAAUGUAUAGAUUAAGGUUCUUUUAUGUAAAUUUUUACAAUCAAAUUGUUUGUUGUGUUCAAGUUCAAAUUUACUUGUACCAUUGAUAUAAUUAAUCCAUUUUGUUUAUUGUGUUCAAGUUCAAAUUUACUUGUGUCACUAUUAAUUUGAUGUUUAUAAGUUGUUUGUACAACUAUGUAAUUAUUUGUCUCUAUCUUCUUAUUCUUAAACCCUUGUCUUAAUUCUGAUUAUGAGUCCUCAAUAUUCUUUAACAUUAUAUUAUUAAGAUGUUAUAAAUAAAAUGUACAAAUUCUCCAAAAUGAUUUUUAUUAUGUAUAGUGAGAUGAGAUGGUAGUAGAGGGAUUCCUCAAUUUAUAGGCCAUUUUUUUUUUCGAUAAUAACCGAGUGUUCGAGGAUUUUGCCCCGAUUAAUUCACGGGACCCGUGCAAAGCAGUUUCUUCACACGAAUCGGAUAACGCUCAGAUUAUGUCCGCUGGCGUGGCCCCUAAGGAAUUGUUUGUACCUAGGAGAAAUCGAUCAUGAGACAUGAUAUUUCAUGAGGCACCAAGGCCCAAGUCUAUUUCACCUUGGCCAACCUCUUAGGUUUUUUAUACAACAUUCUUGCCCUGAAAGAAAGAAAUAAUAAAAAUAAAUGAUAGGACAUGAGUCCCAAUCCGUUAUCUAUUACUUGUAUGUCACUCUAAGGAUUGAGAAAGAUAUGCCUAACUUUUCACACUAUUUUGUAUAAGGUAGUUGCACUCAGAAUUCAAACUAGCAUUCUUUGCUUGUCAAUCCAAGACUCUUCUCUAAUUUAGAGAUGAGUUGAGAUUGAGUUCGAGCCCUAUUAGAGGGUAAAUAUUAUCUGAAUAGGGUAAUAUUAUCUGAAUAUUAUCUGAAUAUGCACGUUUACUUGAUUUUUUUUUUAAAUAAAAAAAAAAAAAAAAGUUCCACGAAUUUACCACACCAAGCAAAGGGCUUCUUAAUCAAAAGUUGUUGAUGCAUAUUAUACACUUUCUUCACAAAAUAUUUACUAACAUCAAAAAAAAAAAUGUAAUUAUAAAUAAAAAAAAGACUGCUGCAGGUGUUUGGGAGAAUCUGACAUCACACAUCUUGCAGCUGAUGUCAUUGCUUUUCAAAUCAAAAGUUGUUGAGGCAUACCAUUUCUUCAUAAAAUAUUUCAAUUUAUAUCAUAUAGACCUUUUAAUGUCAAACUUUUUCUGGUUGAUUGGUGGUAUUAUAGUUAAAAUAUACACAGGUUGGUGAUGGAGCAAAGAAUCUCGGAACAUGGGAUGAGAGUUGUAGUAGGAGAGUCAUAUUCCAUCCAUGUCUAUAUAUACUCAUUUCUUUACCAAAACUUUGGUAAGCAACGGAAAUUAAGAAUGCUUCACACACGCACACACACAAACACAUAGUUUGAGCUGGUGAGUUACCACACUAGACUCCAAGAGGAUGGGACGCAGCCCAUGUUGUGACAAGGCUAGAGUGAAGAAGGGUCCAUGGACUGAAGCUGAAGACUUGAGGCUUGUUUCAUUCAUUCAUAAGUAUGGACAUGUUAAUUGGCGUGCUCUUCCUAAACAAGCAGGUUUGCUGCGAUGUGGGAAGAGCUGCCGGUUGAGAUGGAUUAACUACCUUCGUCCAGAUGUCAAGCGCGGAAAUUUCACCCAAGAGGAAGAGGAAGCCAUCAUCAAACUGCAUGAGUUGCUCGGAAACAAGUGGUCAAAAAUUGCUUCUCACCUACCAGGUAGAACUGAUAAUGAAAUAAAGAAUGUUUGGCACACACAUUUGAAGAAGCGAUUGACAGCGAAAGAUCACAACAGCUGUAGCGUUGAGCCACAAGAAUCCAUGAACCCUCAAGAUAGUGUUCCCAACAACUUUUCUGAAUCAUUUCCAUGCACCGAAAACGAACAAGUUUCAAACCAAACAAGCCCUCGGGACGAAACCCUAGAAGUACCAUCAAGCUCCAAUUCUUCUACUUCAGUGUUUGGCUGUGAAAGUGGUAGUGACAAGAGUGUAGUUGAAGAAGAGAACUUGAACACUCAAAAUGUGUGUGAGGAGAUAAUUGAAAUCCCAUUUGAGCCUAACUUGGACUUGUGGGACAUGUUGGAUGUUGACCCCAUUGUUGAAACUGAGGUCCCAACAAUCUCUCAAGAAGAAGACAAAAGGGAAGAUGAAAGUUGGUGGUGGUUUGCGUACUUAGAAAAUGAGCUUGGACUUGAGGCAACAAUGGAUGGAAAUAUUCAGGAAAAUUUAACAAUGGAGGGUGCAGUGGUUGAUCAACCGCCAAUAUUACCCAAUUUUGUGAAUGAAGAGUUACUGUCAGAGUCAAAAAUUGACAAAGUGGGGACUUGUUUUCAAAUAUGGCCAUCUUCACCUCAGACUUUAGGAUUAUAAUUUUUAAAAUAUAUAUUUAGAUAAUCAAAAUUUUUGUUGGAAUUGAUCAAUCAAUCCAACUCAUAUAAAGUGAAAAUUUACUAUGUCUUUAUUAUUAUAUGUGUUAUUUUACAAUUUUUUUUUCUCCGUCAAGGGUUAGUAUUUUUUAAUUAUUAGUUGCAACACGUUGACGUCUU